GCUCGCUACGCCGCCUGCCUGGCUACCUCGCCGGCUGUCUGCCGCCUCUGCCUGUAAGGACCUGAGCUAGCGCCAGCUCCGCGAAGCUCAGGGAAGAGGGGGGCGGACUCGGCCGCCGCUGAGCAUCGGCUGUGUGGGCGGCAGGGCCGCGGCCUCUCCGCCGGCAGCACCACCUGUCGCGGGCCGAGACUUCGGGUGAAAGGAAAGAUGUUGUCCCGGUUAAGAAUAGUUGCUACUCCCUAUACUCUAGCAUGUCGUCAUAUGCACAUAAAAGAAAAAGGCAAGACACUCAUGUUGAACCCAAGAACAAACAAGGGAAUGGCAUUUACAUUACAAGAACGACAAAUGCUUGGUCUUCAAGGACUUCUACCUCCCAAAAUAGAGACACAAGAUAUUCAAGCUUUACGAUUUCAUAGAAACGUAAAAAAAUUGAAUGGCCCUUUGGAAAAAUACAUCUAUAUAAUGGGAAUACAAGAAAGAAAUGAGAAGUUGUUUUAUAGAAUUCUGCAAGAUGAUAUUGAAAGUCUGAUGCCAAUUGUAUACACACCAACAGUGGGUCUUGCCUGCUCCCAAUAUGGACACAUCUUUAGGAGACCUAAGGGAUUAUUUAUUUCAAUCUCAGACAGAGGUCAUGUUAGAUCAAUUGUGGAUAACUGGCCAGAAAAUCAUGUUAAGGCUGUUGUGGUGACUGAUGGAGAGAGAAUUCUGGGUCUUGGAGAUCUGGGUGUCUAUGGAAUGGGAAUUCCAGUAGGAAAACUUUGUUUGUAUACAGCGUGUGCAGGAAUACGGCCUGAUAGAUGCCUGCCUGUGUGUAUUGAUGUAGGAACUGAUAAUCCAGCACUCUUAAAAGAUCCAUUUUACAUGGGCUUAUAUCAGAAAAGAGAUCGAUCACAACGUUAUGAUGACCUGAUUGAUGAGUUUAUGAAAGCCAUUACUGACAGAUAUGGACAGAACACACUUAUUCAGUUUGAAGACUUUGGAAAUCAUAAUGCAUUCAGGUUCUUGAGAAAAUAUCGAGAAAAAUAUUGUACCUUCAAUGAUGAUAUUCAAGGGACAGCUGCAGUAGCCCUAGCUGGUCUUCUCGCCGCACAGAAAGUUAUAGGUAAACCACUCUCAGAUCACAGAGUCCUAUUCCUUGGAGCAGGAGAGGCUGCUCUUGGAAUUGCAAAUCUCAUAGUUAUGGCUAUGGUUGAAAAUGGCCUUUCAGAAGAAGAGGCGCAAAAGAAAAUUUGGAUGUUUGACAAGUUUGGUUUGUUAUUUAAGGGGCGAAAAGCUAAAAUAGAUAGUCAUCAGGAACCAUUUGCUCACUCAGCCCCAGGGAAUAUACCUGAUACUUUUGAAGAAGCAGUAAAUAUUCUCAGGCCUUCAGCUAUAAUUGGAGUUGCAGGAGCUGGCCGACUUUUCACUCCUAGUGUAAUCAAAGCCAUGGCUGAAAUCAAUGAAAGGCCUGUAAUAUUUGCAUUAAGCAAUCCUACAGCAAUGGCUGAGUGCACGGCUGAAGAAGCAUAUACACUUACAGAGGGAAGGUGUUUGUUUGCCAGUGGCAGUCCAUUUGAGCCAGUGAAACUCAGUGAUGGGCAAGUCUUUACACCAGGCCAAGGCAACAAUGUGUAUAUUUUCCCAGGCGUGGCUUUAGCUGUUAUUCUCUGUAACACCCGGCAUAUCAGUGAUCAUGUUUUCCUAGAAGCUGCAAAGGCUCUGACAAAUCAGCUGACAGAUAAAGAGCUAGCUCAAGGGAGACUUUACCCACCACUUGCUGACAUUCAGGAAGUUUCUAUUAACAUUGCUAUUAAAGUCACAGAAUACCUGUACGCGAACAAAAUGGCCUUCCGAUACCCAGAACCUGAAGACAAGGCCAAAUACAUUAGAGAAAGAAUCUGGCGAAGUGAAUACGAUUCCCUGCUCCCGGAUGUCUAUGACUGGCCAGAAUCCCCACUAAGCCCUCCCUUGAUAACGGAAGAGAAGCAGACCCACUGAAAAAUACUUUCCAUGCUUCAGGGAACCCCCCUUAUUUUAUUUUAUUCCAGAGAAAAAGAGAUAAUCUCAAAUUUAUGGGUUUUUCCCUGUGUUUUAUUCUCCCCCACUGCUUUGCUUGACUUUUUUUUUUUUUCCAUGAAUCUGUACUUCCUUAGAGGAUCAACAUGUUGGCUGCAUUGUGAAUGCCCACCAGCGCCCUGCAAUCAAAUAACCAUGAUGCUUUUCUUGUGAUUCGUAGCUCAUAGCACAUCAAAGAGAUGUCACAGAUGUAUUUGUAAAUGUCUUCACUUGUGCUGUUGUUCAUGCUUGCCAAAGUAUUUGCUAUUUACUAUUACAGUAAUGAUCUUCUCUUCCCAGCUCUUUUAGGGGUACUAAGAAAUUUACUUCUGUGGAUACGAGUAUAGAAUUUUAAGAAGCCAAAUUUAACCAGAUUACAAGGACAAACUGUCAGUGUCUAAAAGUUCUUUUAUUUCAGCCUUAUUUUAUCUUCAUGCUCUGAAAUUCCUUUCCAGCUGAUAAAUCUAGAGAAAUGUGAAAAAUCUACCCUGUUAUUUAUUUUCGGGACCUAAAUUGAGGCCCAACUAUAACAUCAGGAGAGAGAAAUGGGAAGUACCACUGUCUUUAGAGAGAUAAACAAAAUAGUCAUUGUUUUCAACAGUGUAUAAAAAUCAUAGUGUAACUUUUUUAUUUAAUAAAGGUAUUAUCUUAAAUUUAA